AUGGCUGAUAGGUUGCUCAUCUCUCUUGGCAACAACUCAUCUCUUCUUGACAAUUUUACUUGCAAACUCAAUUUUGAGUUUGCCACUAAGGAUCUGGGUCCUCUCAGUUACUUCCUUGGUCUUGAAGCAACGACCACCUCUGAUGGCCUCUUCAUCAGCCAGUUGAAAUACGCACGGGAUAUUCUCACACGAGCUCAACUACUUAACAACAAACUUAUCCUACACUUUACAAAUCUCUUGUUGGCGCUCUCCAACCACUUUCUUGUUGUCAAACGCAUUCUUCGUUAUGUUAAAGGCACGCUACACUUUGGCCUUACCUUUCAUCCCUCUGCUGCCCCUGGUGCUUUAGUUGCUUACUCAGACGUAGAUUGGGCAGGUUACCCUGAUACUCGCCGCUCUACCUCUGGUUACUCUAUUUAUCUUGGCGGUAACUUGGUUUCUUGGAGUGCCAAGAAGCAACCUACUAUUUCUCGCUCCAAUUAUGAAUCUAAGUAUCAUGCUUUGGCGCUCAUUGCUGCCAAACUUCUUUGGCUCAUGCAUCUCCUCGGUGACCUCAAAGUUUCAAUUCCACAGCGGCCUCUCCUCCUAUGUGCCAUCUUCUUGAGCUCCAAUCCGGUUUCUCAUAAACGAGUUAAGCAUGUUGAGCUCGACUAUCACUUUCUUCGUGAACUUGUUCUCACUAGCAACCUUCGCACUCAGUAUGUGCCUUCUCACUUCCAAGUUGCUGACAUCUUCACCAAAAGUGUGUCAAAACCUCUCUUUGAACUCUUCCCAUCCAAGCUUCACGUCCGCUCAAAUCCAAAGCUCAGCUUGCGGGGGGGUGUCAAGGAUCAUGCUAAGGAUCCCCAACCUCAAUUCAAGGCUUUCCAUUUGCAUUCUCUUUGA